AUGAGUGACCUCGACAAAGCUAUUGCGCAACUGCGCGCAUGUCGACCGAUACCCGAAGCGCAAGUCCGAGAGCUAUGCCACAAGGCGCGCGAGCUGCUCAUUGAGGAAGGAAAUGUUGUCACGGUCACAGCCCCCGUCACGAUAUGCGGUGACAUUCACGGCCAGUUCCACGACCUCAUGGAGCUCUUCCGAGUAGGCGGUGAUGUUCCCGAUACCAACUACCUCUUCAUGGGUGAUUUUGUCGACCGCGGCUUCUACUCCCUCGAAUCGUUCCUCCUUCUUCUCUGCCUCAAAGUCCGCUACCCCGAUCGCAUGACCCUCAUCAGGGGCAACCACGAAUCCCGCCAAAUCACUACCGUCUACGGCUUCUACGACGAGUGCCUGAGGAAAUACGGCUCUGCCAACGUUUGGCGGUACUGCUGCGACGUAUUCGACUACCUCGCUCUCGGCGCCAUUGUUCUCGGCGCAUCACACACAUUCAACUCAACCCCGGGACAGGAACCCAUCAACGAAGACGUCGAGAUCGAGGUCUGCGAUCAGAACGGCUCAACAAUGAGCCGCUUCCCCCGACAGAGACGGCCACAACGGCAACCCACGAAUAGCCCCAAUGGUGCCCCCUCCUCCGGCGGCGACAAAACAGGCCCGCCAGGCAGCGGCGCAUCAGGAAGCUCGUCAGGUUCCAUAGGCAACCCCGCCGGAGCGAUUCUCUGCGUUCACGGGGGUCUAUCCCCGCUGAUAGACAGCGUGGAUAAGAUCCGGCUAUUGGACAGAAAGCAGGAAGUCCCUCACGAGGGCGCCAUGUGCGAUCUGCUCUGGUCCGAUCCGGACGAGAUCGACGGCUGGGGCCUGUCGCCGCGCGGCGCGGGCUUCCUCUUCGGCGCCGAUAUCGUCCGCGACUUCAACCACAAGAACGACCUGUCGCUCAUUGCGCGCGCCCAUCAGCUGGUCAUGGAAGGGUUUAAGGAAAUGUUCGACGCCAGCAUCGUGACGGUGUGGUCGGCGCCGAAUUACUGCUACCGCUGUGGCAACGUGGCGGCCAUCCUCGAGCUGGCCGAGGACGAUUCGGGUACGGGCGUGUUUGCGCGCAGCAACGGUGACAGGGGACGCAGCGACGGCAAUAUUCGGGGCACCGAUGACCAGGUGCUCCUCCCCGGGCCCGCGAGGAGGUACCGCGUGUUCCAAGCCGCGCCGCAGGAUUCUAGGGGCAUGCCUGCCAAGAAGCCUGUGGCGGACUACUUUUUGUAA